ACUGCUCCAGACGAGCGUGGUCAUUGUUCGAGAGCGCACUAACCAGUGGCUAGUCCGAAACUCAACGUGGACGAAUUGGGAACAAGGGACGGAGUCUGAAAAAUAUAAAGCAUCAUCAAUUCGUAACCUUGGCUUGAACAACCACAACUCUCAACCACCACACAGCCAUCUGACCAUCAAGCAAUUGCAUCUCCCAAAUCUCGACCUCACGGCCAUCUACUCGACCAUCUACUCCCUCCAACAUGAAGUCUUUCGCCAUCAUCAUCACGAUGCUUUUCAGCACCGCCAUCGCCGCCCCUGCGCCAGACAACUCGGGCGGCUCAGACAACUCAGACAACUCAGACAGCUCAGCUACUGGCGGCGGCGUUGCUCCCAGCGGAAAGCCAGUUACCCUACCCAAUGGCUACGAGUUCCUUGUGAACCCUCCGGCCAGAUUCUCUCAGAUUGCUGCGUCUGCAUCACGCCACCUGAACGGCAUCCCCCAAACCGACAUCGUCAACAUGCCUACACCAUCGGCAACAGGCUAGGGGAUGAUGUAUCGACACCGAAAAGGAACCCCCAUAUAACUCAGUCACGAGAGAUCGACGUUUCGAGGAUAUCGCUAGAUCGACCGAGGUGCUUGUGUGAGGAUUCUGUGUGGGGUUCCUGUGUAUGAUUUGUGAUUACCGAACCUGUUCAUUUCAAUGUUAAGAGGGAGCAAGGCAUGGUGUGCUGGAGCGAAUGGAAUCACGGAGCUCCGUGGCCAACAAGGAUUAGAUCUGAAGCUAGGGAUAUAGAAGGCAGUGAUUUAAUCAGGUUGGCGGGUUUGCAUCGGUGUUUUAGUCUUUCACAGGUCAGUUUGAAUUGAGAUUCAGAGUCUACCACCCAGCUGCUAGCAUCGCAAAGCAAUUUAUUUCUUUCCCUCGA